CUCUGCGGACCGCGCCGCUGCCGUGUGGGGUUAGCAGGGAGCGGCCGCGCCGGCCGGGCCCCCGGGGCAGGGACGGGGGGUAGCGCGCUAACAAGCCCGUGCGGCUGGCCCGGGAGCGGGCUCGCUCUCCUUGGCCCGAGUCUCUCCCGCCGCUGUCCGUGGGCGGGGCAGGUCCCGCUGAAGUUUCCCUGGAUGGAUCCCGAAGCUCCCCUGGUCCGGAGGCGACUCUGCGGAGCCCGCGGCUGAGCCCCGCGUGGCCGCUGCCUCAGUGCGGGCUGCGUGUGAUUCCUGCCUUUGGGACAGCAUGUUGUCGCUUGUGACCAGGGCAGCGGGGGUCUGGGUCAGGCUGCGGCGAGCCUGUAGCACUGCUGCUUUGUUAUGCUGUCAGCCGUGCAUGGAAAAAUGCCCUGCGGAUCAUGUUGUGUUCUCCAGACCCUAUAGUUCCCAAAAGAAGGAAAAACUGGAUAUGUCUAUAUUUCCUGUUGAAAAUAUUAGAAAUUUCAGUAUCAUAGCUCAUGUAGACCAUGGCAAAAGCACGCUAGCAGACAGGCUAUUGGAAAUUACAGGAACAAUUGCUAAAACUGACCGAAAUAAACAAGUGCUGGAUAAACUGCAAGUGGAACGGGAAAGAGGGAUCACAGUUAAGGCACAGACUGCAUCUCUCUUUUACAGUUAUGAAGGAAUGAACUACCUCUUAAAUCUCAUUGACACACCAGGUCAUGUAGAUUUUAGCUAUGAAGUAUCACGGUCACUGUCUGCCUGUCAAGGUGUCAUUCUUGUAGUGGAUGCAAAUGAGGGUAUUCAAGCACAAACGAUGGCAAACUUCUAUCUUGCUUUUGAAGCACAACUGGCAAUAAUUCCUGUUAUAAACAAGAUUGACUUGAAGAAUGCAGACCCUGAAAGGGUUGAGAAACAAAUUGAAAAGCUAUUUGAUAUCUCUAAGGAUGAAUGUAUUAGGAUUUCUGCUAAACUAGGAACGAAUGUGGAAAAGGUUCUUCAGGAAGUUAUUGAAAAGGUUCCACCACCCAAUGUUAACAUUAGAGACCCACUGAAAGCCUUGGUAUUUGACUCCACCUUCGACCACUACAGGGGUGUAAUAGCUAACAUUGCGCUCUUUGGUGGAGAGGUUCAGAAAGGACAUAAGAUUGUGUCUGCUCACACAAGGAAGACCUAUGAAGUUAACGAAGUAGGAAUUCUGACGCCAAAUGAACAGCCAACUCAUAAAUUAUAUGCUGGACAGGUGGGCUAUCUGAUUGCUGGGAUGAAAGAGGUUACGGAAGCCCAAAUAGGAGACACGCUGUAUUUACAUAAGCAGCCAGUGGAGCCUUUGCCUGGCUUUAAAUCAGCGAAACCAAUGGUCUUUGCAGGAAUGUACCCAGUAGACCAGUCGGAAUAUAACAACCUGAAAAGUGCUAUAGAAAAACUGACACUAAAUGAUUCCAGUGUAACUAUUCAUCGGGAUAGCAGCCUUGCCUUAGGAGCUGGUUGGAGGUUGGGGUUUCUUGGUCUUCUACAUCUGGAAGUUUUUAAUCAGCGCUUGGAGCAAGAAUACAAUGCAUCUGUCAUUUUGACUGCACCCACUGUUCCAUAUAAGGCUGUUCUUUCCUCAGCAAAAUUGAUAAAGGAGCACGGAAAAGAGGAGAUUACUGUUAUCAACCCUGCUGAGUUUCCUGAUAAAUCUUCAGUAUCAGAAUAUUUGGAACCAACCGUUUUGGGGACUAUCAUAACACCCGAUGAAUAUAUUGGAAAAAUCAUAACUCUGUGUCAGACUCGCAGGGCUGUUCAGAAGGACAUGAUGUACAUUGAUGAGCACAGGGUUAUGCUGAAAUAUAUCUUCCCACUGAAUGAAAUUGUGGUGGAUUUUUAUGAUGCUCUGAAAUCACUCUCUUCUGGAUAUGCUAGUUUUGAUUAUGAAGAUGCAGGAUACCAGGCAGCAGACCUUGUCAAAAUGGAUAUUCUUUUAAAUGGAAACUCUGUUGAAGAAUUGGGAACUGUUGUACACAAAGACAAAGCAUAUGCUGUUGGCAAAGCCAUGUGUGAACGUUUAAAAGAUGCUAUUCCUAGACAGUUGUUUGAAAUAGCCAUCCAGGCUGCUCUUGGCAGCAAAGUCAUUGCAAGAGAAACAGUGAAAGCUUACAGAAAGAAUGUUCUGGCAAAAUGUUAUGGUGGAGAUAUUACACGGAAAAUGAAGCUUUUGAAGAGGCAAGCAGAAGGAAAGAAAAAGAUGAGGAAAAUUGGCAACGUGGAAGUGCCCAAAGAUGCCUUUAUAAGUGUUCUAAAGAGACAAUCUGAAAAGUAAUUGGAGACCAAAACUCUCUGCAACUCUGAUGCUUCUAUCUAACUUUUGCUGGGCAAAUGGCAGGAUGAGGUUAAUGUAUAACUUCUUGCUGGGGGUAUGUUUGUGUGACUUGUCAUAUUUAAUUUUGUACAGCUGGCUACAGCUAUGAAGAAUGAAUUUUAAUUGGAAGAAUGUACUUGAAGUCUACAUUUCAGAUUGUAUUACCAUACACUAUUUUGUAAUGUGUACAAUUAAAUUCAACUAGAAUGAUUGUGGGUGACAAAAUCCAAUCCCAGGAGGAGCGUGCUUCAAGGCACUGCAGGCGUGGCCAACCCCCAACUUACUUUUCUAACUCUCCACACAAGAAAUAAUAGAUGGUGCACGUUGGAUCUCAAAUUCCUGGAAGUACAUUCUUUGAAGUUCAGGGCAAUAUAAUUGAUUAUGUAAGUACAAGGAAAAGGGCACACCAGCUCCAUAUUAGUGAAACAGAAGCUAGACUGUUACUCCAUCCGCAAGUGUAAAAUACAGUUAUUUAGGAACUGACAAGUAGGAGAGAAAUCAUAUACCCCAACACAGCUCCUCUCUCUGAAACAGACAGUUGGCCCAAUAUUAGGAGACCUCAAGGCUUCUGAAAACAGCACUGCAGAAGACUAGGUUCUGGGCAUUACUGAUCCCAUUUAACUCCCUUUCCUAUCACCUACUUCAUGGAUACAAGUAAGUGGUAGCUCACAGGGCAUACCCCUUGUCUAGGUCAGGGUGAAGACAUACACCUAAUUUAUGGCAAGAAUGUGAAAGACAAGUAUGAGAUGCUUCUGAAGUAGCUGAUGUCCGUUUCAAAAAAUGUAUGUGGGGCAGGGAGUUGUUGCAUAAUUAGUCUUUAGUUUGUUUCUAGUCCAGUCUGUAGAGGGAGCUCACUCACAUUCAGCAAAUGGUAUGACAUGCCUCAUCUUAGUAACAUAAGGUUAGGAACAACUUCUAAAACAGAGUUUAGAAAACUGUCUUGGUUAUAGGAAUGAAUUCCUUAAUUCCAGCUUGUUGAAGGGGACAGACUUGCUUUGUAGAAGUGUUAUAGCACAUCACUUGAGCAAAGAGGUUUGUUUUUGUUU